CUUUUGGAAAGAUGCCGUGUUUACGCUUCAAACAGAAGAUAAGAUGCCGGCAAAGCCAGUUGGCGUCCUGUCAAAGUAUGGUAUAAAUAGAAUCAAAUCGAUGUUCCUCGAUACCCCUCCGCCCUAUGACCCCAAUGAUAGCACCCUCCGAACUCCGGUUCUCCUAGGCAUCACCUAUGCGACGAAUAGGAACAAAAAGUAGAAAAAGUGCGUGCGUCCAGUGACAAUGGCAAAAGCUGUGAUGUUCUCCGUAACCCCGUGUCCAAUCCUGCUAUCACAUUCCGAAACUCCCACCCAGUCCCUGUCCUGUUAUAGAAUCGGAUACCACUCGCGAGCUAUCUUCUGGUGAUCAAGUCGCCGGUUGUCGUCCCGCUUGCUACUAUGCAUAUGGCCGGUUAUAAUUUUGUCUUUUUGUAUUUUUUUGCCUUU